AGUGUUCCGAUGAAGCGCAAGGCCGACGGGUACAGCUCAGGCGAGGCCAGCCCUCCGCGCGUGCGCAAAGAGAUCGAGUGCCCCGGCGCGCCGCGCAAGAGCAAGCGGCGGACCGUGCGCAAGAUUCCGCGGCUCGCGCUCGUGCCCCAGGACGACGAAGACGACGCUGCCAGUGACGAGCGCGCCGUCGUCCGGUCCCUCGACGACGAGCUCGCCGCCGCUGCCGCUGCCGACGCGCAAGAGAGCGAUAGCCAACGUACGGUCUCAGAUGCCGCAACCGCCAGCCCACCAGCGACGCCGCAACGGAGCAAAAGCCCUGUGUCACCGAGCUCGAUGCCAAGCACGCCGCCACGAUCGCCGGCCGCGGACCUUCCGCCGCCGUCACCGAGGCCAGCGACACCAGCGACGGAGAGCCUCCCGUCAACACCGUCCGUCCCUUCCGCACCUCCUUCGCCGUCGCCGGGCUAA